AUGCCGCCACGCAGGGCAGCUUCUUCCAAGGCACGCGAUUCCAUGGCAUCCAACGCCUCGUCAAGAUCGUCGCUCUUGGCAUCUCCAUCAGUACAAGUAAAGUCAUCGCGCGCUUCUCGCUCGUCGGCAAAAACGACCCCAGCAUCAUCCUCAAGGUCGCAAAGGCGCAUUCAGGAAUCGGAAGACGAGGAGGAAGAGGAAGAGGAAGAGGAAGAGAAAGAGGAAGAGGAAGAGGAAGCGGACAAUGAUGACGAAGAACAGGACGAGGAUGAGGAUGAGGAUCGGCCUGAUACACCGCUCAAGCCUGCGUCAAGGUCUAGAGCAGCCAAGCCCGCCGCAUCCCGCACAUCUGUAGCACGAUCCAGAACGUCUGCCUCUUCUGCUAGAGUCACGCCGCCGCCUAUCAAGACGUCGAGGUCGCGCGCAAAACAGGUGGUAGAGAGCGAAGAAGAAGAGGAUGAAGAUAUGGUCGACGAAUCGCUCAGUGUCGCUCGUGACGACGAGGAGGAGGAGGAGGACGACGACGUUUUCCAAUCACCCACAGCGCGUCGUGCCAAGGCGAUUCCAGCCGGAAAGGCAGCAUCCAAAGCUUCAUCCAAACCAAAGGCUGCCCCUGUCAAACUCGAGCCAAUGGAUGAGGACGACAAAGACUUCGAGUCGGAUGCUUCUGAAACAUCGUUCAAAGAAGCUCGUUCUGCUACACCGGAGCCUAUCGACGAAGCUUCAUCCCAAGCUGCUGCACCACAAACUCUUUCCUCCAACUUGCUCAAGCAGAUUGCAACACCCGCCAAACCUGCUCCUCCUCCUGCAACUCCCAAACGUCUCGUUAUUCACAAGAUGGUUUUGAACGACUUUAAAUCCUACGCCGGUCGUCAAGAGAUCGGUCCCUUCCAUAAAAACUUCUCCAGUGUCGUCGGCCCCAAUGGAAGUGGUAAGAGUAACGUCAUUGACUCACUCCUUUUCGUCUUUGGUUGGAGAGCCACCAAAAUGCGUCAGGGAAAGCUCAGUGAGCUCAUUCACAACUCGGCUGGCAUGGAGAAUCUCCCUCACUGCAGUGUCGAGGUCUGGUUCCGUGAGAUUAUCGAUCUUCCCGCAGACGCAUUCAAGGUGGUCCCCGGCAGCAAGCUCGUCGUUUCGCGUACUGCUCACCGUAACAACACCUCCCAAUACUCAAUCAACGAUCGCAAGUCUACAUUCACAGAGGUCACUACCCUUCUCAAGGCAAAGGGCAUCGAUCUCGACCACAAACGUUUCCUCAUAUUGCAAGGUGAAGUCGAGUCUAUUGCUCAGAUGCCUCCUCGUGCCAAGAACGAGCACGAAGAGGGUCUCCUUGAGUAUCUCGAAGAUAUUAUCGGCACCAGCUGUUUCAAGACCCCUAUCGAAGAGCAGGCUAAGCUUGUCGACCAGGCCAACGAGCGCAGAGCUGAGAAGCUUGGUCGUCUCAAGAUUGUGCAAAAGGAGAAAGAUGCUCUGGAGGCAAAGAAACGUCAAGCAGAGGAAUAUCUCCGCUAUCAGAACGAGCUCACUCAGCGACAGUCCAUGUGGUGGCAGAUCCAGGCUCUCGAAUGCAGGGACAACAUCAAGGUUGCCACAGAUGCCAUCGAGAAGCUCAAUGCUAUCUUUGCCCAAGAAGUCGAGAAGCUUUCCGGCUCCAAGGCUGAGAUCGAGGAGCUCGAGGCCGAGUACAAGGCACUGGCAAAAGACUUUGACACUCUUGCUCGUAGCACCGAAAAGGUGGUCAAGGAGCUUGCCAAAUAUGAAAAGGAGGAUGUCCAGCUUCAGGAGAAGCGCAAGCAUCUCGAGACCAAGAACAAGAAGCUCACAAAGACACUCGCCGACGAUCGUCAUGCUGCUUCCGAGGCCAAAUCCACUGCCUCCGACUCGGCUCACAGGAUCGAAAAGGAGGAAGCCGAACUCCGCAAGCUUGAGUCCUCGCUCGAGCGUGAAGAGGCUGAGCUCGAAAGAAUCCGAGACUCGCUCAAGGGCAAGACCGAGAAGUUCAGCCGCGCCAUCGAGCUGAAGCAACGCGAGCUCCAGCCUUGGACCGCCAAGAUCAGUGACAAGGUUGCCGCCAAGAACGUCGCUCAAGAGGAGCGCGCUCUGCUUGCCAGUCGAGGCGCUCAAGUCGAGACUAGCAUCGCAGAGGCCAAGGAGGCACUCCGCAACCUUGAGCUCGACAACGAAUCCAAGCACCAAGAGGUCGAGAGCCUCAAUCAGGAGCGACGCGACCUCGAGAAGAAGAUCGCUUCCUGUCAGAAGCAGCUUGACGAGAUCAAGCAGCAGGAAUCGCUACUUCGCAGCAAAGUCAGCUCCGCACGCUCCAGAGCUGAUGAGGCGCGGGCGACGGUCAGUGCUAGCAGAUCACGCGGCGACGUCCUUUCCGGUCUCACACGUCAAGCAGAACUCGGUAUGAUCAAGGGCUUCCACGGCCGACUCGGUAACCUCGGUGUGAUUGAUGACAAGUACGACGUCGCUAUCAGCACCGCAUGCCCGGGUCUCAACAACAUCGUUGUCGACACUGUCGAGUGUGCUCAGGCAUGUAUCGAUCAUCUGCGAAAGAACAAUCUUGGACGAGCUAACUUCCUUGCGCUCGACAGACUCGGCAUCACUGCAGCUGCCCUUGCGCCUAUCGACACUCCCGAGAAUGUACCCCGACUUUUCGACCUGGUCAGGCCACGUGAAGCUCGUUUCGCUGCCGCCUUCUACCACCAGCUACGCGACACGCUCGUGGCCAAGGAUCUUCCUCACGCCAACCGCAUUGCCUAUGGAGCCAAACGCUGGCGUGUCGUCACACUCGACGGUCAGCUGAUCGACAAGAGUGGUACCAUGUCUGGUGGUGGUAACAAAGUCUCCCGAGGUGCUAUGAGCUCCAAGUUUGCUGCUGACGAGGUCUCUCCCGAGCAGCUGCAGCGAAUGGAGCGAGAUCGUGAUGCGCUCGAGGAGUCUUUGCGCGGUCAUGUUGCUUCGAUCAAGACUGUCGAGUCAUUGCUCGAUGGUCACCGUGUGCGUGCUCCACAGAUCGAGGUGGCACUUGACAAGAUUCGCAUGGACCUCGAGAGCGGUGAACAGCGCGUCACUGAAGCCAAGAGGCGCCUUGUCGAGCUCAAGGCCCAGAGCAAGCCGGAUGCUGGCGAUGCUUCCCGUAUUGCUGAGCUUGACGCUCAGAUCGCCUCGCUCGACAAGGAAAUCGCCAAGCUCACGGAGAAGAGUCAAGCUAUCGAGGGCGACAUCGAAGGCUUCCAGGAGCGCAUUCUUGAAGCCGGUGGUGUCGAGCUCCGAACGCAGAACAGCAAGGUCGACAGUAUCAAGGAGAAGAUCGAGCUUUCCUCUGAGCUCACCACCAAAGCUGAGGUGGCCAAGUCGAAGGCCGAGAAGGAUAUGCUCAAGCUGCAAAAAUCGAUCGAAAAGAACGAAGGCCUACUUGAAGAGCUUGACGCCGAAAUCGAAGCACUCCGCGAUGAAAUCGCCAGCAAGAAGGGAGCCGCCGAUAGCAUCCGCUCCAAGGCCGAGGAAGCCCAGCAUCUUAUGGACACCAAGGCUGAGGAGCGCGACGAGAUCAAGUCGCAGCUCGACGAGCGCUCUGAGUCGGUCAACUCGUUCCGUGCAUUCGAGAUGGAGUUCAAGCAAAAGAUGGAGAAAAACGAACGCUUGAAGAACGAGAAUGAGAAGAGCUUCAACGCUUUACAGGAGAGGCUCUCCGCCCUCAGCCUUCAUUACAUCGACCCUGAAGACUCUGAUGAUGAGCAGGAUGCGGAGGCCGAAGAUGGUGAAAAAAAUAAUGGCGAGGCAACUGCCAGCCGCUCUAAAACGGCGAAGAAGCGGGCAGCAGCCAAAGGCGGCAAUCAAGAUGCCAUUGACGAGGGGGACCAAGAGGCCGAAGGCGAAGAGGAGCUGUCUCUCGAGCUGCAGCAGUACUCGGACGACGAGUUGCGCGCUAUGGACAAGAAGUGGAUUCAAGGAACGAUGGCAGUCUUUGAAGAAAAGGUGGCGAAUGGCUCGGCCAACAUGUCGGUGCUCGCAGAGUACCGCAAGCGGGAAGCCGAAUUCCUCUCACGUGCCAAAGACCUCGAGGCAACGACACAAGAACGCGAUGCAGCCAAGCAGAGGUACGACGACUUGCGCAAGCAGCGUCUGGAGAACUUCAUGGCGGGCUUCAGUGUCAUCUCAUCCAAACUCAAGGAGAUGUACCAGACCAUCACACUCGGAGGCAACGCCGAGCUCGAGCUGGUCGACUCGCUCGAUCCUUUUGCCGAAGGAAUCUUGUUCUCCGUCAUGCCCCCUAAGAAGUCGUGGAAGAACAUCUCGAACCUUUCCGGUGGUGAGAAGACGCUGUCGUCCCUAGCACUUGUGUUUGCGCUCCACGCCUACAAGCCAACGCCGAUCUACGUGAUGGACGAGAUCGACGCCGCAUUGGACUUCCGUAACGUCUCGAUUGUCGCCAACUUGAUUCGAGAGCGGACUAAGGGCGGUCAAUUCAUCAUCAUCUCGUUGCGAAACAACAUGUUCGAGCUGUCGUCGCGUCUCAUCGGUGUCUACAAGACGGCCAACUGCACAAAGUCGCUCACAAUCGACAACGCUGAGUUGCUUGCUCCCGCUCCUGCUCCCACUCCUGCUCCCGCUCUUGCUCCCGCUCCCAAGUCGCGAGCGAGUGUGGCAACAACGCUGGCGCCCAGCUCUCCAGUAGCGACACCAAUGCAUCACUCGCAAGCACACUUGGUUGCAACUACUCCUCGGCCGGGCGGUCGCAAGCUGAUAGCACCAAAGACACCGUCUGCUGCAUCAGCCAAGCCAGGUUCACAACUGAGCCUGCAUGCUCUGAUGACACCUGCUGUUGGCAAAACACCUGGCUCGGUGCUGCAGCGUUCGAGAAUGCACAAUUCGUUUGCGUCCACUAACUUGGCCAAAGGUGUCGUCAAGGGACCGGCGCUGGGCCUCAACAACAAGAGGAGCGUUUCUCAGACGUUGACGAAUGCUGCUCCCGCAACGAGACAAUAA